UAUGAUUUUAUUGUACAAUAAAUAAAGGUUUUUGAACCAAUGCAAAAUAUUAGGCUCGGUCUGACUCGAGUAACAAAAAGUUUUCUAAUUCAGGGUCAAAACAUCCGGACAGUGAAUAGCUGUCAACGACUGAUAAGAAAGAUGGGCACCAAAGUUUCGCCGUAUGGAUCCUGGGCUUCUCCCAUCAGCAGUAAACUGGUGUCAGAGAGCAGUGUGACAUUCCAGGGCGUACAUGUUGACCCAUGUAUUGAAAACAAAGAUACAGUAUACUGGAGUGAACUGCGGUAUGAUGAAGGUGGGCGGUACGUGAUUUGCUCACACAAGGUUGGCACCGAGGGCUAUCAGUCAUGGACCCCAGAAGGAUUCAACGCCAGAACAAGAGUACAUGAGUAUGGCGGGGGAGCAGCCUUUGUCUUCAAUGGCACACUGUAUUUUAGCAAUUUUGCUGAUCAGAACAUGUAUAAGCAAACAGCCCCUGGUGAAAAACCUGUCCCUGUCACUAAAGAAGGAAAGGGAUGGCGUUAUGCUGAUGGAAGUUUGAAUGCUAAGACUGGAAGGAUCUACUGUGUGCGGGAGGACCACAGCAGCGGGGUAAAGGGGCAGAAAAAAGAGGCAGUCAACACUGUUGUUACCAUCAACCCAGACACUGGCGACCAGGUGGUUUUGGCGUCAGGAUGUGACUUCUACAGCAGCCCACGAGUGUCUCCCGAUGGCAAGAAGAUUGCCUGGAUCCAGUGGAACCACCCAAACAUGCCAUGGGACACGACAGAGCUAUGGAUAGCAGACCUUAAUGAGACCGGGGAUGGGCUGGUGUCGGGCUCAGCAAAACAGGUAUCUGGAGGGGAUAACACCAGCGUGAUACAGCCAUCCUGGACAUGUGACAAUGAACUGCUCUAUAUCAGCGAUGUCACUGAUUGGUGGAACCUGUACCAUGUGACCGGGAGUGGUGAGCAUGUCAACCUGUUGCCACGGAGCCAGGAGUGUGGGGGCCCACAGUGGGUGUUUGGGCUGUACCCAUACAUGGUGGACCCACGGGGAAAUGGGGACAUUGUUACUGUUACUGGUUCGGAGAUGGGCGUGUACAACCUGAAAACAAAGAAUUACCGCACUGUAAAGAUGGACUUUAUCAACCUGUCAUACGUAAACAUGACCGGGAACGGCUUGGUGUACUGUGUGGCCGGCAGUCCCACCCAGUUCCACUGUGUCAUACAGGUUGACACACAGUCGGACAAGGUGACAGUUUUGCGUGAGUCCAAGUCUCUCUCUGUAGACAAAGCGUACUUUAGCAUUCCCAAGGAAAUUACGUGGACAACCUCCGGCGGGGAAAAGGCGUAUGGUUAUUUCUACCCUCCUGUUAACAAAGACUUUACUGCACCAGAGGGCACAUUGCCACCACUUCUGGUGAAGAACCAUGGAGGACCGACGUCACAGGCAUCCAGCACAUUAAGUCUAAAGACCCAGUACUUCACGAGUCGUGGGAUGGCGGUGCUGGACGUGAACUACCGUGGCAGUACCGGAUAUGGGAAGCAGUACAGACAUAGGCUCCGAGGACAGUGGGGUAUAUUGGACCUUGAUGACUCAUGUACAGGGGCGGAGUUCCUGGCCCAGUCUGGAAAAGCAGACCGCAACAAACUUUGUAUUGAUGGCGGGUCUGCUGGGGGAUAUACAACAUUGGCUGCCGUUACCUUUAGGGAUACAUUUAAAGCUGGAGCGAGCCACUUCGGUAUAGGAGACCUGGAAGCCCUAGCCCAGGAAACACACAAGUUUGAGAGCCGCUACCUCGACACGGUUAUCGGUCCGUAUGUGACAGAGGAGGACAAGAAGAGAUACAAGGAGCGCUCGCCCAUCAACUAUAUCGAGAAACUGAACUGUGCCCUCGCUCUCUUCCAGGGGGAUGAAGAUGAGAUAGUUCCCCCAAACCAAGCUGAGAUGAUGUAUAAAGCAGUGAAGGCGAAAGGCUUGCCGACCAUGUAUGUUCUCUUCAAAGGUGAGCAGCAUGGAUUUCGGAAGGCAGAGAACAUUCAAACAGCCCUGGACGGCGAGUUUUACUUCUUUUCCAAGGUGUUUGGCUACGACCCCGCAGACAAACAUAUCAAUCUACCCAUUGACAACCUGAAGUGAUGUGCCAGACUGCCGCCAGUAGCUCAUGAUGAAAUCCUGGGAAGGAAAAUGUGACAGAUGUUAAUAAAACAUGUUUACAAUGAAGUGCUUAUGGAUUCCUGCUGAUUCAUUAAUCAUUAUCUAAGUGUUAUAACUGUUUAUGAAAUACAUUCUGAUGGGUUGUAAUUUGAUUACAACUGUUUAUUAUAAGAAAUUUGGUGUUACCUUUUUUAUCCAAUAUUUUUUAUCUUCCACAUGUAAUGAUAGCCACAUGUAUGUCCCUAUUUGGCUACCCCAUGUGCAUAUACAUUUUGUUUACAAUAAUUUGGAUGUUUAUAAUUAAUGUUUAUCAAAUGUGAUGAAUUUGUAAAUAUCAUGGUUUUUUAUAUGAAGUUUAAUUCAUUAUCAUAAAUCUUUACUCUGCUGAUUACUGUCUGUGGUGGACAUGGAAAAAAUUCUUUAUUCAACUCUAAUCAAAAUUGAUUUUCCUUAUGUAAAGCCAGCACUGAAUACUUCAUUAUGGUUUUCAUUGUGUUAAUUAAAAUGAUAUGUUUGUAUACCUGUGAAAUGUUAAAUAUAUGUAAUUAUUGACUCUUGAUCUUAUAAUACUCAAAUUAUUGUGUAUUUCAUAGAGAAAUGUUCAGCAUAUAACAUACCGCAAUAUAUCAACAUCAACCCUUUUAUGCCCUGCUAAAUGCAUGGGAACUUGCAACAAUAUUAAUCGAAGGUUGAUUUUUGAAACAAUAUAUUUUUACAUUCUGAUUUCAUUAAAACAUUCAGCCCUAUAUGCGCUAGUGUACUGUGAUGACCUUAUGUUUUUCUCAAUAUUUUUAUAGCAAAAAGACAUUUGUACUAUUAAAAUGAAUAUUUUGCGAGUUUUCUAGGUGACUCUUAAUUGUGAAGAUUGUGUACAACAUGAACUUGAUCCAAAUGCAAUAUUAGGUCUUUUUACAUGUGUUGUCAUGUAAGGUUGUAUUGUCAUGCUUUUACAUAAUUUACUGAUGGCUAAAUAUGAAACAAAAUGUGUUAGUGCUAGUUUUAUGGUCAAUUUUUUGUACACUUGACAUACUAAUGUGAGUUUUACACCUUGAAUAUGUACAUGCACCAUGUUGUAAAGUCAUUCAUUGAAAGGACACUUUAGAAUGUCUUUUCUCUGAAGUAUAACAUUAAAGGUACUGCCAUGGUACUGAUAAAAAGAUUAUUGUCCGCAAAGUAAUACAAAAAAUUAAAAAGUAGUUCAUACAUGUAAAUCAAAACGCUUCAAGAUAUUCUCACAAAACUUUGUACAUAUGAUACAAAUGUGGGUAUGUGUACCAAGUCACAUCCUCCUGGCAAAAAGCAUGAUGAUUGGUUUUAAGUAAUGCCUGAUGGUCAACUCAGACUAACAGACUUGCAUUGUCGUCAAUUGAGAUCAACAGACUUGCAUUGUCUUUUAUUGAGGAUAACAGACUUGCAUUGACGUCAAUUGAGGCCAACAGACUUGCAUUGUCGUCAAUUGAGGCCAACAGACUUGCAUUGUCGUCAAUUGAGGCCAACAGACUUGCAUUGUCUUCAAUUGAGGCUAACAGACUUGCAUUGUCGUCUUUUCAUGGGGCUCUUAUUUCAGUUAAUUAUGUCUUUCUUCAAAAUAUAACGUCAUACUUGUCAAGAAAUUAUGUUUACCAACUAUGGAGUAAAUUGUAUGGAGUGACAUGUUUGCAUAUUAACCAGAUCAAGUGUGUAUUGUGUUUCUAUUGUAUUUCAUUAUUAUAGUUCAUUUCUGGUAUAUUCAUUUAUUCAGGGAUUAUUUAUUUUUAUUAAAUUGUAUUAAAACAAAUAAAGGUCCCCAUCUCUGUCUUGCCGAUUCCAUUGAAUCCUUAUCAGAAAUAUUUACAAGUUUCGCUGAGGUUGUGUGACCUGAGGGCUAUUCCAAUAAAUCAUAUAACCCCCAGGGGGAAGGCACUUUAAAAAUAUACCAUCCCCCUACAGAAGCAAAUUUACUUUUUCGGGGUCCAGAUUAGAGAAAAAAGACACCCACCCAUAUAUUAUUUAAGUAAUUGCCCCCACCCUAUUUUACUGGAAUAGCCCUUGCAUAGCUUUAUGACUACCAUGGUCAAUAGUGUUAUAGUGAGUUACCAUUGCACAGUUCCCGCCAACGUUCAAGUUUCUUCAGUAACAGUACUAACUACAUGUACAUAGUCUAACAUGUUGACUGAGUCCGUAUUUCAAGCUUCUUGGGGGAGUACCGCAGGUCAAAAGGUUACGCCCCUCAGUUAAUCCCCCAUAACGUCAAAACCUGGUACUGUUGCAGUAUUUCCAUAACUGCUAUGAUCCAAUGUCAGAGAUUUCAAUGGAAACCAGGCCUGUUUUGAUAAUCAUCACCCGAAGCUAUAAUUAUCCAUGCGUGCGACGACUGUCUUUUAAAGAAAUUAAAAAAGAAUUGGCCUUGAAAAGAAUCUCAGUAAAAUGCCAAACAAACAACCAUUUCCAUUUAUUAAAUUUAGAACAAGAGAUCAAAGGAUGGCUAUUGAAAUUGGCAAUUGGCAUUGAAUACCACUUAAUGAAAGAGUAUGUAAUAAUUCCAAUAAUAAUUUGGGUGGUGAUUUUACACUAUUUAGUUGAUGAUGUAACCUUUAAAAAACCGAACGUUGUCAGUUUUUUAAACCAUUCUUAUACAGACACCCCAAUACAUAUUACAUGCAGUUAUUUGUUUUAUUCAUUCAAGCAUCAAGCAAACGCAGGCGAAUCUAUACAGAUUUGUAGCUACUAUUUUUCAAGGAUUAGGUGGUUGAAUGGUUGUAAAUACUGAGUCAGUUGCAGCUACAUGUAUAUUGAUAUGUUACAGAAAAUGUGUAUGUUUGUACUAUUCUGUUUCACUUUAUUGUACUUGUAAGCAUAUACUAAAUGUAUAGCUUA